GAAGCGGCGGCGGCGGCGCCAGGAACAGGGAGGCGGCGGCACGGCGAGGGAGGGAGCCAGAGCCGAAGCCGGGCCGGGCCGCGCGAAAGCAACAGCAGAGCCAGCUCCUCCUUCUCCUCCUCCUCGUCCACCAAGGUUGGAAGAUUUCUUGAAAGAUUCUUAGAGUCCUUCAGCUUGCCAUGCUUAGCCUGGAGCCAGGCUUGCUGCUGCAGGUUGUGCUGCUAACAUCGCACGUAUUUGGAGGAAAUGGCUCUUGAAGUUAAAUGAGGCUGGAUAAAACACAUAAAUGAAGCAGAAGCUGCUCUUCGUGUGUUAGGGCUACAUCACUGCAAGCACUGCUGAUCAGCCAGAUUUGGUAACUUGUCAUAAUGAAGAAAAUUAGUCUCAAAACAAUUCGCAAAUCCUUUAACUUAAAUAAAAGUAAAGAUGAAAGUGACUUUGUAGUGGUUCAGCAGCCAUCAUUAAGUGAAUUUGGAAAAGAUGACUCCUUGUUUGGCAGCUGCUAUGGUAAAGAUUUGGCUAGCUGUGAAGUCAAUAGUGAAGAUGAAAAAGGAGGCAAAAAUAGAUCAAAAAGUGAAAGUUUAAUGGGUACGUUAAAAAGGAGGCUUUCAGCAAAACAAAAACAGAAAGGCAAAGGCAGCACACCAUCUGUAAGCUCUGCAGAUGAUGACACAUUUUCUUCCUCAUCUGCUCCAAUAACCUUCAAAGAUGUGCGAGCUCAAAGACCUCUGAGAUCCACUUCCCUCCGUAAUCACCAUUACAGCCCAACUCCGUGGCCACUCCGACCUACAAAUUCAGAAGAGACUUGCAUCAAAAUGGAAGUGAAAGUCAAGGCCUUGGUCCAUUCCUCUAAUCCAAGCCCAGCACUGAAUGGUGUUCGAAAGGACUUCCAUGACUUGCAGUCAGAAAAUGUGUUCCAGGAACAAACCAAUGCAUUAAAAAGUACGGAAUCUCAGAACGGGGACUUGCAUCUUCAUAUUGAUGAACAUGUGCCUGUAGUUAUUGGAUUAAUGCCUCAGGACUACAUUCAGUAUACUGUGCCUUUAGAUGAGGGAAUGUAUCCUUUGGAAGGAUCACGUAGUUACUGUCUGGAUAGUUCCUCACCCAUGGAAGUUUCGACUGUUUCUUCUCAAGUGGGGGGAAAUGCUUUCCAUGAAGAUGAGAGCCAAGUGGAUCAGGACGUAGUCGUUGCACCGGAUAUCUUUGUGGACCAGACGAUGAAUGGUUUGUUGAUUGGUACCACAGGAGUCAUGUUGCAAAGCCCAAGAGUUAAUCAUAGCGAUGUCCCUCCACUCUCACCUUUGCUACCUCCAAUGCAGAAUAAUCAAAUCCAAAGGAACUUCAAUGGAUUAAAUGGCACAGAUGCCCAUGUGGCUGAAAGUAUGCGCUGCCAUUUGAAUUUUGAUCCUAACACUGCCCCAGGAGUUGGAAGAGUUUAUGACUCUGUACAGAACAGUGGUCCUAUGGUUGUGACAAGCCUCACAGAAGAACUGAAAAAGCUUGCAAAACAAGGAUGGUACUGGGGCCCCAUUACACGCUGGGAGGCAGAGGGAAAAUUAGCUAAUGUGCCUGAUGGCUCGUUUCUCGUUCGAGAUAGUUCUGAUGAUCGUUAUCUUUUAAGUUUGAGUUUUCGUUCCCAUGGAAAAACUCUUCACACUAGAAUUGAACACUCAAAUGGUAGGUUUAGUUUUUAUGAACAGCCAGAUGUGGAGGGACAUACAUCUAUAGUUGACUUAAUUGAACAUUCAAUCAGGGACUCUGAAAAUGGAGCUUUCUGCUAUUCGAGAUCCCGGCUGCCAGGAUCUGCAACUUACCCAGUGAGACUGACAAAUCCCGUGUCCCGGUUUAUGCAGGUGCGCUCUUUACAGUACCUGUGUCGUUUUGUAAUACGUCAGUACACCAGAAUAGACCUGAUUCAAAAACUGCCUUUGCCAAACAAAAUGAAGGAUUAUUUACAGGAAAAGCACUACUGAAAGCUUACGGGAAUCUUGCAUCUUGCACUUUGGGAACAACAACAACAACAAAAAGAGAUUGAAUUACAGUUUACAGACUUCCAUUAUUAUCAAAAUCUUUUGCUGCCAUAAAAAUAUUUCAUUUUUGUCUGUAAAAGAAAAGUAAUGCAUUUGGAUUUAUGUUUGUUUUGGGGGGUUUUGUGUAUUUUGGGAGGCUUUUUUUCUUGUUUUGUUUUGUUGAAAGAAUGAUCUCAAGUUUAUUUUUAGAAGUGUGAAAUAGCUAUCUUUCAUCAAUGUGCAGAUUAAUCACAAUGUGAAUGAUCAAAUUCUCCUUAAUUUCCCCCAAGUCCUUUGCUGCUAUCCACUGUGAUUUUUAUGCAUUGAAAGCACAUUUCAUGUGUAUUCAACGAUAAGUAGAAGUCAAAUGAAACUUAUUGAAUGGAAUUUUUUUUUCCUUUAAAACAACCUCUGGGAAAAAAAUUAUCAUGGAUAAAUAACAUAUUGGUAUUCUAAAUUACUGAUUUUACAUCUAAAUUAAAAACUGUUUCCUAGUGUCAUAAUUAGACAUUUCUGUAGAGAUAUGUCCCAAUGUAUAGACAGAGCUGUGUGAUAAGAACAUGGUUAUGUGGCAUAUCUUUGGGAAAGAAAAAGCCUUCCUCCUAAGCCUUGUACUGUCUGUACACUCUUGUGUUUGAGAAGGCUGGUUCUGCCUUCGUCUCGUCUCAGUGUUUUGUCCUCUAAAAAUGGCCUUUAAAAAACAGUCUAUGAAAGUCAAUGUAUAGUACCUAGAAGAAAAUUGUGGUAUUGGGGUCUUGUAAAGUAUUACCUUUUAUAAUCAUGCCAUCAGUUAAUAAAUGAACACCUACCAGGUCCCCUCUUUCUUUCCUUUUCCCUCCUGCCUACUCUUGCAGAGUAAGGGAAGGAAGUUUCCUGGAUUUGUGGGAAGACUCUAGGAAUUGUUAUCAUGGGAACAUAAAUUUUUAAGCCAUUUUAGGGAUGGGGUAAAACUUUUAUUAGGAUGAUUUCUACCAUAUUUAUGUUCAAGCUACUUGAAAUUUUAUCAUUUCCAUCUUUCUACUUUUUUAUUUCACUUCAGAAAGUACAGUAAUACACUAAUGUCCUUUGGAUCAUUUUCCCCUUUUUUCUAUAUCCUUUGAGGAGGAAGGAACAGGAUUGAUAACAUUUUAUAUGGAGGAUGUUUAAAUGCAUCUCUAAAGUGCUAUUCUCCUAGCCUUUCAAAUUAUUGGGAAGAGAUAUUUGGAUAUACAGUGACCGCAGAAUAUGUUUCAGUUUGCUGUCAUGAAAUAUGUUUUGACAUAUGAAAUAUUGAAUCAAUUAAGUAAGUGUUUAUGAUAUCUGUCAAAGAUUCUGGCAUUUGGAAAGCUUACAGUUAUUCUAACCUUCUGUAGGGAAAAAAAGACUUUCAGUGGGGAGUACAGGUUCUACACUGUAAUGUUUUCAUCAUGCAAGGUUAAUCCAUGGCAUUUUCCUGUUUUAUUUUAGUUUGGUUUUCUUUUCUCCCAUGUUUUUAUCACUUUUAUGAGUUACUUGCUAAAGGGGUCAUAGCUGGCUUGGGAAGGAGGCCUGCCUCUGCCUUGCUGAGAGGCCUUGCUUUGCAUGCUUCUGCCCCUGUUUUGUGUUUUAAAAUGUCAUAUUCCCCAUCUCUGGUAGAAGUGGCUAAUGAGUAAAGAUCACCUUAAAAAAAAAAGUCCAUCUUUGAUACAUCUUUCUUGUUUGAGUAAUUUUCUUCUCCUUAUUUAAUCUAGCAUUUCUGUACCCUAAAAUGAGUCUUUAGAAGUGAAUACAGUAUUGCUGCAAGGUGGUGCAGUAGCACUACAUCUUGGGUUGCCUGAAUUGAUAGACAAAAUUUAUAUUUUUUUAAUUUAUUUUUUGACCAUAAUGUUUAACUAAAAAAAUAAAAAAAGAAAAUCAAAGGUAGAUAGAGACUGCCUUUGCUUUUAAGGGAGGGAGAAUAAGGAUUUCCUCUUUAGUCUGAUAAAGUUUUAAACUUAAAAAAGAAAAUAAUCUAGAGCAGUCUAUACAUGUGAUUUGUUGGCUCUGCCAUGGAGAUAUAUGUAUGAAAGGGAGGAUUCUGUUUUCUUUUUUUUCCUCUACUGACUUCUCCCCCUACCCAGUCAUGUCCCAUUCCCCCUCCCCUGAAUCAGGAUCACUAACUUUAUUCAAAAAGGCACAAUAACCUAUUGUAUGGUACAGUGUUCUGAUUCUGUCUGUGGAGAGGAAAAAGAAAAUCGUUUUUAUGGAUUUCAGAUUCAUACUUUUGGAAGAAAACCUCUGGCAUUUUCUUCACUUUAAAAAUUCUUUCCCCAUACUAGAGGGCCUAUGCAUUCUACAGAAUCUUUGAAAGAUUAUAGUAUAUAAAAUAUUUUCGUUGCCAUUUAAUACCACUAUUGAAUACAUUAAACAUAUGUUUAUACUAUGCCACAUACAUUAAUUUAGCAGUCAUUGCAUUGAAACCUAAAUAUUUGAAGCUAUAAUAUCCUGGUCUUAUUGUGGAAUUGAAAAACAUGCAAGAACACACAUGCCAAAAUUCUUGCCCAUGCCUUUAUAAAUUUCAGUUGUUCACUCAUAAAUGAUGCUUUUUUAAAUAAAAAACUGUUUUAAAACAGCUAUCCAGUUUUUGAAUUGCCUUCCUUGCUGUGUUAUUCAUCUGUGAACUUAAUCAGGUCAAGUUAACUUUGUCAUUUCCCCUGCCAUAAAGCUACCACAAAAGGAACACUUAAUAGCAAUUGAGGUCUAGGACAUAACAACCAUAGAGCACUUUGCUUCUGAAUAAAAAGUGGGUGGUGAUAUUUCUACUAAGCUCCAAAUACUUUAAAUCAGUAGUAAGUAGACACAGAUACUUAUUUUUACAGGUUUCUUUAAUCAGAACUUCACAGUACUUUUUCAUAGUGAGGUGUCUGGCCGGCCAAGAGAAUGAAAUUAGAAAAAAUACUUUGAAAAUAUUAAAGAUACUUACAAUUUCUUAUUAUAAAGAUUAAUAUAAAAGAAACACAGUAGCAUUUAGUUAUGAGUCAAUUUAGAAGCACUCAGAAUAACCACAAAAUUUGUGUUGACUUCUGCUUCAUGAAAAUUAGAGGAACAAAGUGUCCUUGACAAAUAAAAGAAAGAUGAUGGAGGAUAUUUUGGGGACCUUUGGAAGUAAAUACACUAGGAACAAAAGCUAACAAGACUAUGGUCCUUAUAGAGUAGAAAUAUGGCUAUUUAUUCAGCACAACAGUUUAAGGGUUCAAAAGGUAUGCUUUUUAUGCAAUUGAAUUGAGGAAAAAUAGUUUUAAAAAUGAAAAAUAAAA